UCCAUGACCCACAUUCUUUUUCUUCUUUGUUUCACUCUCGAGAAUCUCGUGCGAGAAGGGGCGCUCGACGAGGCCGAGCCGCCACUAGGCGCUGGAAGCUCGAGGCGCUGCGAGGGAAAUCUCUAUCGAGCGAUCGAUAUUUCGUAGGUUCUCUGCUCGAUCGAUCGAGUUGUAGGUUCUUUGCGGCAGGGCAAUCCGAGUUCCAUGGAUUGUGCUGUCUCAGGGGCGAUCCAUUUGCAAAGAUUCCCAGUCUGCGUGAAUCGCUCGCGGCGCCACUCGUCCGGCGUGCAAUGCGGCUUCGAUCUUGCCAAGCUCCGCCAGUCGCAGCAGCAACAGCGAGUUCUUUCUCCUCUCCAGCGCCAUCUCUGCUCGAGAAUCGUCCGGCAUUGCACCGUCGAGCAGCCAGAGGCGCCCCCGGCGGACCGCGAGCAGCAAUCCGUGCCCUGGACGCCGAAAGAAGCCGUGAAGUUCUACGUCUCUGGAGAGGGCGUGCUUGAGGCGCCAAAAGAGAUAGUGCUCACCAAUGUCGACAUCAGCAAGACGUCACUGGCAGCCACCAUUGUUGAAGAAGUGGAAGGAAAGGAGAUUCUGGUCGAUGGCGAUGCGGCGGAUGUUAGCAUUAGCGAGGAGCCCAACAUGUUUGAGCAAGUACGUCAGAUAUUCGCUUUCGCCGGCCCGGCUCUCGGCAUCUGGUUGUCCGGACCGAUUAUGAGUCUCAUCGAUACGAGUGUUGUGGGAACCACUAGCUCUUUGCAAUUGGCCGCCCUUGGACCUGGAACUGUGAUGUGCGAUGGACUCUCGUAUGUUUUCAUGUUCUUGUCCGUUGCUACAUCCAACUUGAUUGCAACCUCGCUUGCAAACAAGGACGAGAAAGAAGCAGCAAACCAUUUGGCUAGGCUCUUGUUUGUAGCUUUCGGCUGUGGCAUGGCUAUGCUCGCGGCUAUUAGAUUCUCUUCUAGUUCCAUGCUCCAAGCUUUUGUUGGAGCCAAAAACUCUGGGAUCGUCCCAGCCGCGGCAACGUACGUGAAUAUUAGAGCGUGGGCAUGGCCAGCGGUUCUUGUCACCAUGGUUGCUCAAAGUGCAAGCUUGGGAAUGCAGGAUUCAUGGAGUCCCUUGAAAGUUUUGCUCGUCGCGAGUCUUGUAAAUGCUUUUGGAGAUAUUCUACUUUGUACAUUUCUAGGAUAUGGAAUUGCUGGUGCUGCCUGGGCAACGGCACUAUCACAGUAUGUUGCGGGAAUUUUGAUGUUAACUUCUUUAAAAGCGAAAGGAUACAAUCCUCUGGCGAUCGUUGUACCCAGCUUCAAAGACAUCCUGCAGAUGAUCGAAAUAGCUGCACCAGUUCUUAUGACCAUGUUGUCAAAGAUAUGUUUUUACACAACAAUUACAUAUUUCGCGACUUCGCUUGGGCCACUCACUUUAGGAGCCCAUCAGGUGAUGAUUGGGAUCUUCACAUUGUUUUCAGUAUGUGGAGAGCCUUUGGCCCAAACAGCUCAGUCCUUUAUGCCAGAGCUUAUUAGCGGAAAAACCCGCAACUUCGAGCAGGCACGAACGUUGCUCAAAACACUUCUCUAUACGGGUGCGAUUUUAGGAUUCUCUUUAGCGAGCAUUGGCGUCGCGGUUCCUUUUCUUGUGCCGCAGCUUUUUACGAACGAUUCAGCAAUCGUAGCACAGAUGCAUUCGGUAGCGUUCCCAUUUUUCUGGAGCAUUGUUUUAACACCACCUGCACUGUCGCUGGAAGGGACACUUUUGGCCGGACGAGAUUUAGGAUUCCUGGGCCUGAGCAUGACAUCUUGCUUUGUCUGUGGAAGCCUGCUCAUGAAGAUCUUCCACAAGCUUGGAUUGGGACUCAACAGCUGCUGGUGGACGCUCGUGCUUUUCCAAUCGGCCCGACUGGCGGCCUCGUAUACGCGACUGCAUUCCUCCAAAAGCAUUCUAAAGGAGUGUGCCCCCGCUGCCACAAGCUAGAUGCUCUCCACCAUUCUUUUUUCCCUCGUUUCUCGCUUUACAGCCUUGAAAGGCCAAAGGACAAACCCCAGGAAUCCCUCCAGUACAAUGCCAAAGGCCACAGCUCGCCAUCACGAUUUGCUAUGCUACCAACAAUCUAAAGCAAAGACAAAGACCAAGUGCUUGUACCAUAAAUCAAUAUCCCAACCUUUUGAAAUACGAAUACGAUAUUUGUACGGUCGUCAAGAUUAUGCUA